AUGGCUACUAAGGUGGAUUAUGAAAUAAGCGAGGAGGACCAGAGCAACAUUGUCGAAUUCAGCAAGACGUUCAAUAAAAAGAAUCAAGCUGAGACAAGACUGAAAAAUCUAAAAGAACAAAUACAGAACCUAAACGAUGCAGAAGAAGAGCUUAUGAUCAACAUGGAUACACCAUACUUGAAUCUAGGUGACUGCUUCCUCAGGGUUGAAGAACCUCAAUUAACCAGCUACCUGGAAGAACAGAAAAACACCAUUACUGAAGAGAUCAAAGAGCUUGAGGAUACCGUUGAUACACUAACGUCCAAAUCCUCAGAACUGAAAGCUCUGUUAUACGCUAAAUUGGGGAACCGCAUCAACCUAGAGGCAUGA